AUUCCAAAUUUGAAUAGAGAACAAGGCUUCUCAGUAGCAUUGUCCAAACAAACGUGAAGUGGAAUGAUGAUAAAUUGUUGUAGUAGAGGCGCAAACGAGGGUUUAAGGUUUGAGGGGGAAGAGAGUUGGUUGGUUGGUUGUGUGACGAAGAUCCCCCUAUUCUCAAGCUCGUUUCCCACGACCGCUUUUGUCGCUCACCCGGUCGUGUAAAUGCAGUCCUACUUCUAUGCUCUCAUCAUUCUUCACACACGCUUUCUCCCUCCUUCUCUCUCUCUCUCUCCCUCCCUCUUUCUUUCUCUCUCUUAUCUCUUUCUGCCCUUUGGUUCUCUCUUCCUUGGCUGAAUAAUCAACCCACUCCCCCCCCCAACUUUUAAGACGUGUGGAUCAUGUUCUUUCAACUCGUCGUUUGAUUUUUGCUUAUUUGGGAUGGGAAGGGUUAAGCUAAAGAUAAAGAAGUUAGAGAACCCAAAUGGCCGUCAGGCGACCUAUGCCAAAAGAAAGCAUGGCAUCAUGAAAAAGGCCAAUGAGCUAUCUAUCCUAUGUGAUGUAGAAAUUGUCCUUCUUAUGUUCUCCCCAACUAACAAGCCUUCCUUAUGCAUUGGGAAGCGCAGCAGCAUUGAGGAGAUCAUUGAAAAGUUUGCUCAACUCACUCCACAGGAACGGGCAAAAAGGAAGUUGGAAAGCCUUGAAGCCCUGAAAAAAACAUUCAAGAAGUUGGACCAUGAUGUAAAUAUUCAUGAAUUUCUGGGAUCAAGCACACAAACAAUUGAGGAACUGACAAACCAAGCAAGAUUAUUACAGACUCGGCUUUCUGAAGUACACAGGAGACUAAGCUGUUGGACUAAUGUAGACAAGAUCAACAAUGUAGAACAAUUGGGGCAAAUGGAAGAUUCACUCAAGGAAUAUCUAAAUCAAAUUCAAGCACAUAAGGAAAAUUUAGGAAAGCAGCAGCAGCUUCUGUCUCUAGAAUGCACAAGUCAGUUCCAAAAUGAAAUGCAGGUACCAUAUAGAAUGGGCCUUGAACACCAGCUCCAAACUCUUUCGUGGUUGCCUAAUCAAGACAGUAGACACAUAGCCUUGUCAGAUGACCCAAAUUUGAUUCCACACAGAGAUGUGGAGUGCUCUGCAAGUUCCUCAUUUGGAAGCUAUUCGGGUUAUUUUGGCACUGGUAAAAGUUCAGAACCAUCGAGUUCUGGACAAGAGAACAGCAUCCUGAAUGAUUUGAGCGGAAACGGAUCAUUGCAGCUGCAACUUGGUGGACAGUGCCCCCUCUUCUCUUACAAUCUUAAUAUACUGAAUGAUCCCAAAUUCCCACCUGUGGCGGAGAUGAACUUCAAUGAAACUCCCGCAGAUUAUCAGGUUAAUGGUGCCCUACAAGGUCCCAGAACUGGAUUUGAUACUGCCCCAGGUAGUUGGGCUUCCACUUCUGGCUCUUGUGCUGUUACCAUGUUUGAUGAGCCAUUGUAUACCCGACUCCAACAGCAUUGAGCAAUCCAAAGGUUUAUUCAUGACUUCUCCCAAGUACGGACAUGCAAUAUGGCAAUAUGGAUACCAUACAGCAUGGACACAGCGACAUGGGACAUCUCUAAAACAGUUAGGACACAACAAUGAUAAAUAUUAUAUACUAUAUAUAUUAAUAGACAAUGAAAAAUGUAAAAUUGAUACUUUCCCAUCCAAUAUUAACACGCAAAUGAUUUUUGAAUGUUCUAAAA